GUGUAUGGUGGUACAUGAAGAUGAGCACCGAGGCUUGUUGAAUUACAAGCUUUUUGUCCCUUUCCAUUGGAUUCACUAUCGUAUCCUAAAUCCUACCAAAUAAAUGAAACCUUAAAAUAACAGUAUUGGUGUACAUCGAGCUGUCAAUUGUUGAGUUUGGCGAUCUUUACUGUUUCCCCCCCCCCUCAACCUAUCAACGAAGCAGAGGGAGCACCGUCUGUGAACAUGAAGCAACCAGGAAGUGCCCCAGCAAUUUAGCCAUUGCUCCUGGCAAUGUCUGUUAUGAAACUGCUGGACUCCAUCCUAGGAAACGCGACCGGGAUCUUCGCUGUCGUAAUUGUUCUCAUUGCAGUGCUUUUCAAUUAUUUCGACGACCCUGAUCCGGUUAAAUACAACAGCAUGGCUGAGGACACCAAGACUCUGGAAGAAAAUUUCAGGCAGCAAAAUAAAAGCUGUUUCAUCCUCGGUGCCUCGGGGGAAACGGGCAGGAUGUUGCUUCAAGAUCUGCUUGGGCGCAACAUCUUCUCCAAGAUCACCCUGAUCGGAAGGAGAACGCUCACCUUUGAAGACAAAGCAAAUGAAAACCUGGUCCAAGAGGUGGUGGACUUUGAGAAGCUUGAGGAUUAUGCUGCGUCAUUCCAGGGCCAUGAUGUCGGCUACUGCUGCCUGGGAACCACCAAAGCAAAAGCAGGAACUGAAGGAUUCAUCCGAGUUGAUCACGACUAUGUUCUAAAAUCAGCAGAGCUCGCCAAGGCAGGAGGCUGCGCUGAGUUCCACCUGGAGUCCUCCAGAGGAGCGGAUAAAAACAGCAACUUCCUCUACCUCAAAGUCAAGGGACAAGUGGAGGCAGAAAUCGAGGCGCUAGGUUUUGACAGAUUUGCCAUUUACAGACCAGGUGUUUUGUUGGUAGACAGGCAGGAGAGUCGGCCCGCUGAGUGGCUGGCCAGGAAAUUCUUCGGUGCCGUGUCCGCCGUCUGUACUACGGCCAUGUCCAUCCCAAUCCAAGCGGUCGCAAAAGCGAUGGCUUCUAACACGUUGCUUCAACCGGAGCAGAAGACAGAGAUCCUAGAGAACAAAGACAUCGCCAGUCUGGGAAAGGGUGCAGGGCAAUAAGGAAAUGCAAAAAAUACACUGAGGUAAUUCCAGCAGAUAUACUGGGACGACUACAAACACUAUUCCCAUGACCAUGAUGUCAAAGGAUUUUCACAUACUUGAAAAAAUAGUUGAUUUUAAAAUGAAACUGAACAUGAAUUUAUCCAUGAAGUUCAUUAUCAGAAAACCAAAAUAAGUUUCCAUGAAUGUACACGAUUCUUGGAUAAGACGAUCUGUUUAGUUAGCAAAAAUAUUAUAUUUUCAUUUGUUUUGUGCUUUUUUGCUUUGCUUUUGAUUGAUAUUUUUAAUAUCAGGGAACUGCUGCUAACCUCUUUUAUGUAAUUGCAUUGCCUUAAAGUAAAAGCUUAAAUGUCUAAUACAAUUAAAAUAUUUGAUGUCUCUAACAUAUUUUCAUUAAAUUAUUAUAGAAAUGUGA